GUGUUCAGAGUUCAGUCCAACUUUUCUUAAAAAAAAAAUCCUUUCCUCAGAACCGAACCCUUUCUCCGAUUCAUCAUCAUCAACCAGCAGAAGCUGUAGUGGAGUCCAGAAGACAGAAGAAGGAAAAAGGAGCACUGGAGGAACCAGAGCGGAGCCCCACUUAACACAGCACCUGCAGAAAACAUGGGUGAGGAGGGGCCUCCCAGUCUGGAGUACAUCCAGGCCAAGGAUCUGUUCCCCCAGAAAGAUCUGGUUAAAGAAGACGACAGCCUUCAGGUGCCUUUCCCAGCUCUUCCAGGUGAGGGGGUGGAGUAUCUGGGCCGUGCCGAUGACGCCAUCAUCGCUAUCUCCAACUACAGACUGCACAUCAAGUUCAAAGACUCCAUUAUCAAUAUGUACCCAGGUGUGGACACUGAGAUUUCUGUGCCUCUCAGGCUGAUUGAAAGUGUGGAGAGCAGAGAUAUGUUCCAGCUGCACAUCGUCUGUAAGGACUCCAAAGUUGUGAGGUGUCACUUCUCCACAUUUAAACAGUGUCAGGAGUGGCUAAAGAGGCUACAUCGAGCUCUAGCUCACCCCACCCGACUGGAGGACCUGUUUGCCCUGGCCUAUCACGCAUGGUGCUUGGGGGGCUGCACAGACGACGAGGACCAGCACUUACAUCUCUGCAGACCAGGCGAUAAUGUUCGUCAAAGGAUGGAGCUGGAGGUGAGGAGAAUGGGCUUCGAUAUGCAGAACGCGUGGCGAGUGUCCGACAUCAACAGCAACUUCAAGCUGUGCUCCAGUUAUCCCCAAAAACUGCUGGUGCCAGUGUGGAUCACUGAUAAAGAACUGGAAAGUGUGGCCUCUUUCAGGUCCUGGAAAAGAAUUCCAGUGGUGGUGUACAGGCAUCAGAAGAACGGUGCUGUGAUUGCACGCUGCAGUCAGCCUGAGAUCAGCUGGUGGGGAUGGAGGAACACUGAGGAUGAGUAUCUGGUUACAUCCAUCGCCAAAGCUUGUGUGUUGGAUCCGGGAUCUCGAGUAUCUUGCAAGACACGAGGGGAAGGAGCCGACACUUCGGACUGUGAUUUUGACUCAUCUUUGGCUGUGGGUGCCAGUCCUGAUGCCAACACCACACCUCAAAAACUGCUGAUCCUGGACGCCCGCUCCUACACUGCUGCAGUGGCCAACCGUGCCAAAGGAGGCGGUUGUGAGUGUGAAGAGUACUACCCCAACUGUGAGGUGAUGUUUAUGGGGAUGGCCAACAUCCACUCCAUCAGGAACAGUUUCCAGUCUCUUAGAGCUGUGUGCAGUCAGAUCCCUGAUCCUGGCAACUGGCUGUCUGCACUAGAGAGCACUCGUUGGCUUCAGCAUCUGUCCGUCAUGCUGAAGGCAGCUACUCUGGUGUCUUCUGCAGUGGAGAGAGAGGGACGUCCUGUGCUGGUUCACUGCUCAGACGGCUGGGACCGCACACCACAGAUCGUGGCGCUCGCCAAAGUCCUGCUCGACCCCUAUUACAGAACAAUCGAGGGUUUCCAGGUGCUGGUGGAAACAGAGUGGCUGGAUUUCGGCCAUAAGUUUGCAGACCGCUGUGGGCAUGGCGAGAGUGUAGAAGAUGUGAACGAGCAGUGCCCAGUCUUCCUGCAGUGGCUGGACUGUGUCCAUCAGCUCCUAAAGCAGUUCCCUUGUCUUUUUGAGUUCACCGAGGCAUUUUUAGUCAAGCUGGUACAGCACACAUACUCAUGUCUCUACGGUACGUUUCUGUGCAAUAACGCCCAGGAGCGAGAAGCUCGAACCGUCUACAAGCGGACAUGCUCUGUCUGGUCCUUGCUGAGAGCCGGCAACAAAAACUUCCAGAAUUUUCUCUACAUCCCAUGCCAUGACAUGGUCCUGCAGCCAGUGUGCCACACCCGGGCUCUGCAGUUGUGGACAGCUGUUUACCUGCCCACCUCCUCCCCGUGCACUGCAGCCGAAGACACUAUGGAAAUCUACCUAAGCCCUUCCUCCCAGGGAGAGGAGCUCACCUCACGCUCACUUGAUAGGCUCCCUAAGACGCGUUCUAUGGACAACUUGGUGUCCGCUUUUGAAAACGGUGUGGCCCUCACUCGAACCUCCAGUGACCCCAACCUCAACAAGCACUGCCAGGAGGGACGGCCCACUCUGGAGACAGUGAUGGGCCAGGCCGGCAGUUAUACCGACACCUCAGAUGUCACCUUUGACACCAGAGUUGACAGUGAGGACCAGGACAUGGAGACGUGCGAGCAAACCGCACUUUCAUCUCUCAAGUCGGAACAGGGUGGCUGCAUGGAUGACAAAGUGGAGUUUUGUUUCACCACACAGCCAUUGCCAACCUUGCCUCACCCCUUAACGUUAGACUCGGCCCUGCCGCAAACCCAAGCUCCACCGAAUUUAGAGCAGGCUGUGCUUCAAAUCACCAGUCCUCCCUUCCCAUCUUUACCGCAGGAAGUGGUAAAGAAUAGUAGGACUUCUGACACCACUCCAUUGCUUAGUUCACCUGCUGAUCCACUUGAUAGUCCUGUCACCAAUGGCACUGAGAAGUUAAAGAGCACCAUCAACACACCUGACUUUUCUUCUACUGCUGCUGAGCUUUUAGAGAUCAAAAAACUAAAUUCACUUGUCAAGCUGGAAGAUUCGACUGAGACCAUCAAGGAUGAGAGUGUCACUGACCUGCCUUCUGUUCAAAAAGUCAUCAGUAAGGCUCAGGCUUCAAUCCCAGCUGCAAAUGACGAUAAGUGGGCGCAAAGUGUUACGAAACUUCUACGCGCCCAAGCGGGAAGCGUCAACGGCUUGCAUCGAGAGCCCCCACGGAGUCUAUGUAGUCCAGUCCAGCCUGCUUGGAUGUCAGCAGUAAAAAACGCCACAUUAUGGAAUUCUUCUUCCUUUUCCUCUGCCCUGGGACCGGCAUCAUUCCGGCAGGGUCCUUUAGCGGCCCACUGCCUGGACGAUGACGGCCUGCCUGUGGCGCUUGACGCUGUGCAGCAACGCUUACGCCAGAUCGAGGCCAGCUACAAGCAGGAAGUGGAGGUGCUGCGCCGUCAGGUCAAAAAGCUGCAGAUGAAGCUUGAGAGCAGGCAAUGUGGCUCGCCUCCUUCAGAACCAGACAUCUAUGAUGAGGAUGAUAUAACGUGCCUGCGUGAGUCGGAUGAUGGUGAUGAAGAGGACUCUUUGUCGGCCCACAGCGAGGACCGCCUCAGUGAGGGCAGCUGGGAUCGUGUGGAAAGGAGGGAUACCGAGGUUACCAGGUGGGUUCCAGACCACAUGGCAUCACAUUGCUUCAGCUGUGACAGUGAGUUCUGGAUUGCUAAGAGACGCCAUCACUGCAGGAAUUGUGGGAACAUUUUCUGUAAAGACUGCUGCCACCUGAAGCUGCCCAUCCCAGAUCAGCAGCUGUACGAUCCAGUGCUGGUGUGCAACUCGUGCUACGACCAUCUGUUGGAAAGCCGAACACGAGAACUUAGCUCGCAGCAGCUCAAAAAGCCCAUCGCCACAGCCUCGAGCUGAGCUGUUAAAUUAGAUUCCCACUCUGUGGGCUACCAGGCCCUCUAGGUGCCCAGUGAAGCACCUGCUUAUUUUGCCAGAAGCGCGAUGCCCACUUGAGGAGGAAGAGGAGGACGAGAGGGAUUGAUGGGUCGUUGUGAGCUGGACCACUUCAAGAAAGAGGGCAAAGACUGGACUGGACUGGGCUGAGUUAGGGACUAAAUAGAGUGUGUGCGUGAAGGCUUUUAAUCGCAGAGAGCUGAACUAAUGAACUUUUUCUUUAGUUGGGAGAGGAGCCGACAGGCAAAAACUGUCCAGCACUUGCUGGUUAACGGCAUUAGACCAGCACUGGGUGCUGUGAUUGCAGAAUCCAUGCUGUGAGACUGCUCAGUGUUUUCAUUUUAAAAGCAGACGUACUUAUCUAUUACUGCAUAUAAAUCUGUUCAUCGUAGUAUGGUCACAAAGAUGUGGAUAUAUACACAUACACACACAUACAGUCCUACAAUACACACCAUGGACAAUCUCUCGCCUGCCCCUAAAACCAAUGAUUUAAAAGCUUCAAUGUUUAAAAGGAAGUUAGAAAAGAAAAAGAUGCUGCUACAGUGUUUAAAAUAAUUCUAAUUUUUGUAUCUUUAUUUUGUGCACUCUAAGCUGUUGUAAAUUUGAGGGAAAUUCGAGACCAAACCAGGGCCAAAGGGAGAGAACGCAUGGUUUGUUUACUUGCUGUGGUCUGGUCUGAUGGGCUGUGUCUGUGCUGGACUUGAAUGCAAUGUGAUGCCAGUUUGGUAUGUUUUUAAUGGUUAAAAUUAUUGCUGGAGGAGCUUGUCUCAGAUCACUGUAAAGAAAAACUUCUACAUGAUGGAGACCACUGGGUUGUGUGCUUGUUACUGCACUUUAUAAGGGCAAAAAGUUGUGCACAUUAUUCUGGACAUUAAAUGAAACUGUAGCAAUGCUGUACUUCCAAACAGAAGUCCUGUUGCAAUAUUGUGUUUACCUAGUCCUCAUGCAUUUUUUCCUUGGCAUAUCCACUAGGGGCAAACCAGUCACCAGCUUAAUCUAAAACCUACGUGAAGUUUGUGAUGUUAGCUUUUUAAAACCUGGAAAAUUAAAUGGUUGCAAUUUUACAUUGCUUAACAAAAAUACAGUAAAUCCUGACUAUGCCGGAGUCAUCCGCUUGAGAAUCUGUACACAAGACUAAAAUCUAUACCGAAAGUCUGGGAACAUAAAAUAUAUGUAAUGGAAUUACAGAGACACUUUUUUUUUUAAAUAUUAGGACGGUCAUUGCAUUAAAAUUACCACUGCAUUCAUUUCCCAGCAAAACCUCCAGUGCUUCGAGCGUAAAUCUAUUAUACGGGCUAAAGUUAGUGGAUAGAAUUAUCCUGUAUUUAGUCCAUUUGGUUUUCCUCAGUGACUUAAUAAAGCACAUUAAUUAUAGUUUAACCUGCUUUACAGGUACAAUAAUAAUAAUAAAAAAAACUUCCAUGACCCCCAGUCACAAAUGUCAUGUGACAUUAAGCCACUGUUGCUUAUUGGCUGGUGGCACCAUGUGAGUUUUUUUCAGUAGCUUUCCCAAAAUAAUCACUUAAUAGACUUUCAUUUCAAAUGACAAGCAUUUUGAUGUAUUUUUUUUAAUUAUCAAAUAUACUUUUUGGUGCCACUUAAAUACAUUGUUUGGCCAAUAAAGUUAGCUAGCUUCAACUGUCUGUGAGAGGCUUGUAAUCCUACAGUCUGACCACAUAUUUAACGCACAGGUUUUCUCCCUGUUUCACUUUGCAGCUGUGUUCCCUAUAAUGUUAAAUACUGCCACAUGUUUUUAUAUUUGCGUGAGUUGGUGUGCACACAUGGGGUGUUGCAUCAAGGAGGAAAAAAUAAGUUUCAUUUUGAUCAUGUAAGCAAUUUGUUUUCUGCAUUCAGUUUGAAACAGUAGUCAGAAUUAAUGUUUGGUUUAGUGCAUUGUAAUAACAGGUUACACUUAUCAUGACAGUCCUAAUAAGUGUCUCUAAAAACACAAAUAAGUCUGUAGUUAUAAAUGGUUUGUUUAUUACCCUCUUUAGACUCAUUUUUUGGGAUGUUGGAGGCCCUUUUGAGUUCUUUUUGCUUCAUGAAUGGCUUGCAUUGUUUUUUCCCCUCAUUAGCGUCAUUUUGAAGUAUUGAUGUUAAUAAUGAUUGAAAGAACAAAUAUGAUGAACCACAUAAUUGACCGAUGCACAGAUGCUGGUACCUAGAGGACGUCCAGUGUCAACUAAUGUCAAUUGUUUUUCCUUUGAAUUUUACCACUUUACCCAAGUUGGAUUUACUACAGUCACUCCAAUUCCAUGUUUAUUGUACAACAAGCCAGCUAGUUAAUACGCUAGUUAGUAUGUUGGUAUCAAACCGUAUAGUUCCAAGGAAAAAGUCUGCACAGAAAUUGGUUUCACUACAUAGUUUUUUUUCUGCCAGGGGAAGUCUGUUCUCUCAGUGUGAUAUACUGUAUGCAUUAGACACUUACUAAAUCAAAAUGCGAAAAUAAAUGGAUUUUAAAUAUGAGGAAAAAGUAAUGACUGAAAGAAAACAAUAAAUAGUUUUGCCCCAAGUAUUGUAUUUAAAUUAUGUUGUUUUUUUGUUUUUCAAUUCAGAAUCCUAGCAUCACUGAACAGCAUUACAUACAAAAACCCUCUUUCGAUUGUUCUAGCUAAGAUGUUUUCUUGUUGUAUAUGUAUUGUUUAACUGUUUCUCAAAAUAGUAGUGCCAUUUAUUUUGUUUUGUAUAUUUGUGCCUUUUAUUAUGAAAUACACUGUUUUAUGUUUAAGGGUACGAAUAGUUAGCAGAUUAUUUUCAGAUGUUCUGCCAUGUUUAACACGAAAGGUUUUUUGUUUUGUUUUGUGUAAAUGGCAAAUAAUGAAGGAACAUUUUGGAUUUAGAAAAAAAUACAAACCUCACUGUACUAUAGUUAUAUCUGUACUAGUGACUAAAUCAUGUCACUUAGUAAGUUAUUGUUGUAAAGAAAUGCACUGGUCAAGUCAAAACUCAUGGGUUGAAUAAAAACAUGUCAGUUA